GAACGAACACUUAGCUUUCAGCGGGAAAUGUUAUGUGGUCGAUCAUCGGACGUUUCUGAAACAAAAGGAAGUGUUUUGGACAAAAACGAUGUUGCUAAAGACAGUGCAUCAAAUGAGACUGGACAGCGCGAUUGGGACGUGAAAUCCAGGACUCAGGAGGAAGACGAACUGUUAGGUAGAUCAGAUGAAAAUCACGACUUGUCAUAUGAAACCCAUUCGAACGAGACUGGCAGUUUUAGCGAGUUCCACACUGCAGUCGAGUGCCUUAACGAUUCGGAAGAAGGGAGUGGUGACUUUUCCAUCAACACGAAAAAAAACAACUUCGUCAAAAUCUCUACCGUUACAUCAGAGGAUGUCGAUCCUUUUGAGGAUGUCACUGCUGCCACCAAUGAAAUAACCGACAAAAAAGCAAUUUCGCCGAUUGAAUGGGACAGAGUUUCUGAUGAAGAAAGCGAGAACAGAGACGAACUUCAUGUCGAUGCCCCAGGUGAUGAGUUUUCUAAAGAGGAAGAAGCCCAAAACUCAGUUCGGCCCUCCAGUGUCAGAGGGCAUACGUGCACAAGUGAGAGAGAAAAUUACAUUGAUUCGCGCCUUUUUCGUUCUACAAAGUAUUUCCUCAUCAAAAGUAAUAAUUUUGAAAAUAUCGAAAUAGCGAAGUCUCGCAAUGUAUGGGCGACGACAAAGGGCAAUGAGACAAGACUGAAUAAAGCAUUUUUUGACUACAACAAUGUUUUGCUCAUAUUUUCUGUACGUGAGAGUGGUAGAUUCCAAGGAUUCGCUCGCAUUAUCGCCUCCUCAGAUCCUCGAAUCAAGGUUGACUGGGUGUUUUCUUCACGCAUGAAUACUGGUCUUCUGAGUAAUCCUUUUCGAAUUAAGUGGAUAUCCAAGUCUGAUCUCCCUUUCACAAAGACCGGACAUCUCUUGAAUGCAUGGAAUGAAGACAAACCUGUGAAAAUCGGGAGAGAUGGUCAGGAAAUUGAACCUACAUGUGGCGAGGCACUAUGUCGGUUGUUCAAUAAGGACGAACUUGGGGAAGAACAAAAACAACUAAACAUAGUUCAAGCUAUUGGUGAAAGAAUCAGUCGUAGAAAUGCAUUUGAGAGACUUGGAAAAAUUGUUGGUCGCCAUGGUCAAACGAGUCAUAAUGGUUCUCGUGUUGUUGGGUUAAACAAUCAAGACAACACUGGACUGUUGGGGGAUGCUACUGGAACAAACCAACGAUAUAUGGCACCUACUGAACGAAGGAGCUUGGUGAAUUACCCUCCUAUAACACCUUUAAUCAACACAGAUGGUUCGCGGCUAACCUCGACGGGAACUACACCGCUAUUGCAAGUAAACGCAGCUGCCGCUGCUAUGGCUGCAGCUGCAGCUAUGGCUGCAAUCAAAUCGUCCGGACCACAGUCAAUAGGUGCUUUUGCCCGAAGUGGAGCAAGCACUCUCAAUCCCACAAUUAAUUCCAGACUGCCUAUACAACCACCUACAUUCCCUCACAUAUUUUCAACCUUCCCGAAUUCAGGUGGUUCUUUCUCACGUUUGAAUGUAUCUAGUUCCUCUAACGCAACUCUGCUUCCGUUGUUACAACAACAGCAACUUCGUAUAUCUGGAUCAGCAGCAAAUGCCGCCGCAGGUGCUGUUCUUUCACAAGCUAUACAACAAGCUCGUAGUCUAUCCAAUCCUAAUAUGAUAAGUCGAUCAGGAAUGCCUGUCAAUCCUGUGUCAAACAGUGUGCCUGUAAAAUCUCAUGCCGAAAGAAGUCGUUCGCGCUCUGCUAGCGACAGCACAGCUUACAGUUAUGCUCGGGAACGUAAUCCAAGGCAUCGGAGAACUGACGGUUAUGUAGAAGAAGAGUCUCCACGAUUUGAAACAAUUCGACGGAAGUCACAUUCCCCGAGGAGGCGUGAAAUAACAUCAAGGCAUGGAAAUUAUGAAAGACCUCGUGGACAUAGAUCUCGUAGUCGGUCCAAUUCUCUUCCUAUUGACCGUAAUUUAUUGAUGACUUGGGACUAUGACGACUAUGUUCAACAAGUUAGCCGUGGUAUGCGACCAAACAUGUAUGGUGAAUUGGGAAGUCGAGUUGCCGGUUCAAGUGCUUAUUCACACAUUUCCCAAAGUCAUGAAAAUGAUCUGAAAUAUGAAGAAAAAGUAGAUGCGUUUUUACGUGGUAUUGGAUCACGCCCAAAAGUUGCAGGACAUGAUCAUCACUACUCACGCAGUCCUAGCCGUAGCUGUUCAUAUAGUCCACCUCCACCUCAUCCCCACAACCGUCGUCGUGAAUAUUGCAGGGGUUCCUCAUCCUACUCCAGAUCCAGGUCUCCUUCCGGACCAGGCAUACUUUUGUCUAAGGUUCGACGUGGAGAGAUAGAUCCUGAUGCUUAUCGUCACCGCCCACCAUCUCAAUAUUUAUCCCCUCGUCGGAGAGACCAUACUUGUUCCCACAGCCGCUCUCCUGCAAGCUUCGGUCGUGAGCUUCCAGCACAGUGGAGAAAGCCUUCACAGGCUUCCGUAGCUCAUUCAACUGGAAGUAGACGACACCAGCAAAUAGAGGGGCGAGUUCCUUCACACCAAGCACGAUCCCCUCGUGUUGUCUCGAGUGGAGGGUCACGAACGUACACUGCGAGCAGUCGUCAUCACAAAUAGCUGGUUUAUGUAAGUAUUCCUCUAUGCUGGCGUGUGACACUAUACUACUUAUGUACGUUAUUUGCAUUCUGUUUAACUUUUAGAAGUUUUCUUGCCUUCCAAUUGUCUUGCUUUUUGAAACUAACAUAAACGUCUAAGUGUGACAAAAAGCCGUGCCUGUUGAUGUGAACUACAAUACGGUUUAUUGUAGAAGGAGUGCCAACUAUUUAGAUUUACUUGCUUUUUAUUUGUGUCAUUUACUUAGACAUAUACAUUCUCUAUUUAUCCAGUCGUUCGCCUAGAUGAACCUGUUGCUUACUGUAACAUCGACAAACACUAAUUAUGUUACUGAGUGUUACGCUGAGUUUUGCAAGUCCAAUAACAGUAGUGUUGAUAAAAAGUAUAUUUUUGAUAAGAUUAUGAAAAUUUAUGUCGUUUCUAUUAAAUGGUAGGUAGACUACGACUCAUACCUGGUAGCUUUUCAGUCUCCGCAUAUACUUAUCUAUCGUAUGCAAUCUCAGUACUGCCCCCCUUCAAUGUUGAUUGAGAAUGAUUACUAACCUAAAGUGAAACAUAAUAAAGCAAAUUUUUUAUUCAUUUACCUUCAAAAGUAAAGUACAGCAUAUAUUAUUCUGAUCACGUCGACCGUUCUGAUAUCAAAAAGAUCACUAUAUCAUUAGUGAAGGAGGGGGUAAUAUGGUUUACAGUAUUGAAUUUUUCAACCACUUACCAUUAAUUUGUGAUGACCUUGGGAACUGUUUAAAGCAAAUGUUCACCGCUUGGCAAAAUAACAUGAGGACGGUCAUAUGUAUUCUUGUUUUUCCUCGUAGUUUUGACUUUUAUGCUUGAUAUAGUUUCGUGUUAUAUUUAUUCUUCGAACAAGGUGGUUCUUUUCCAGUUGAUUGGUAAGAAGAUUAAACAAUAAAUAGAUAUCCACCACUCCAGUAGAUUUUAAGCUGUCACUUAAUGUAACACUUGAUCAAAAUUAUUUCCUUCAUCUCGACCAGGUAAUUUACCUACCUACUGUCAUUGACUUCAUAGACUAAUCCAACGUUUUAGUUUGGUUAAGUAAUAGCUUUCUUGCCAUCUAGUAUUAUGCAAACUAGCAUUCCUAUUCUGUAUUAUACAUGUGUCAGUCAGUUCAAUAGAUGGAAAUGUGCAGCCUCGUCAACCGGUUCGGCAUCUUUUCUUAGAACCUCACGUUUAACCGCAGCAUAAUUUACUGAAUUAUUUCACCAUAUCCGAGAAAGUAUUAAAAUGCGUCUCCUACCUUCAAAGGGUAUGUUUUACAGUCAAGUUAAAAAUGAUUAAAUUGCUGCUCUCCUCCCCUUUGAUGUCCAAACAAGUGUCUCCUACGUCACAGGUGUUGGCAGAAACCAGACAGGGUUUUUCUAUCCGUGCUACAAUUAUAACAUUUUCCAACCUACUGGGCUUAAUGAAACUUCCAAGUUAAGUAAAACUGUCAGUGGAUUUCUUAAGUGCGAUUCUUCCAGACAGGUAUAUCAUGCGCAUAGUAUAUAAGCAAAUGAGUGAAUCAAUCACGAAAACGUCAAACCUGUGAAGUGUUAACUCCAAAAAUCUUUGUAAGAAAAUCAAAUAAAAGUGGGAGAAGUGUGCAGCACUGACUAGUACUACUUAUCGCAGCCAAUUUAAAUGAUACUUCACUACAACCUUUAAGUCUGUCAGCUAUUUUUGAUUAAACGGAUUUACGUAUGUUGAUGUACUCCAAAAUGAUCUUUCAAUUACAGACUUAAUCAUAAAGCCUGUCGAUCAAUUGAGUCAAAUACUUGCACGUCGCCAAUUAAUACAUUCAUGCACUAAGUUACCAUUUUGCAACUCCAACUUUAAUACGUUAAACGAGACUACCUUAGUUAUUCUUUUCCCGUUGGCUAGCUAGUGCGAAAAGUCCAGUUUUUGUAUAGAAGUUUUGUUGAUCGAGACUCCGGAAGAAUUGGCUUCUUAUGGAAUAAAAUGUUAUGCUUUUGUAAGGAUUGGUAGCAUAAAAUAACUGUCGGAGGAUGUUAGUUUAUUAGUCACCAACUUGAUUAAUCAAAACAUAAAUAUUGGGACUGAUUCUUAAGUAUGGUGUCACUUACACGGAGUGAUGUCGGAUCCUUCUACUGCAACACUAAUAAGCAGGAUGGCCGUCUGUAAGUGAACUAGACGAAUGCUACCUUUACCACCAAACGAAACGUCCGUAUUUCAGUUUCGGAAUCACAAGUACAGUUAAGAAUCGGUAUGUUUGUGUUCUAGAAUGCCAUCAGGUGAAGUUAUUAUCUUUACACCGACCCUAUUGUCCGAAACUUUUCGGACUUUUUGUUUAUGAGCUCCAGUUGAACGUCGUUUGAUUAUAUAGGUUAAUUUCUUUCUAGUUGUCACGAAUAAAUUUUAUUCUCAUGUACUGGGAGAGCCGUGAUCAAGACCAAUAAAUUGUGACUGCUUCUAGCUCCUGGACUGUAUUCAAAAAUUAGUAAUUUUUAAUCAUAUCAAACUAAUAUCUACAAAAUCUUUUGUAGUUAACCUUACUAUUUACACUACCUCUUCGCUCUCCCCUGACUCAAGUUCGUUGCGUUUUUUCCAAUCUUGAUAGGAGUCGAGGUAUUAAGUUAAUUUCUUUUCAAGAUUGUUAUACUAUGGGCGGUCGAACUGUCUCUCAUAACAUCCUGCCCGUCAUCCCAAUCAUCUGCUUUAGAAUUAAAUCAUGAUAUCAUCUUCUGUCAGCCACUCACUUUUCAACCAGCAAGUUACAAGUUCAAACUAUCAUCAAGUUUGGUUUGGACAGCCGAGCAAUAGCCUCACACUAACAGUGUGAUUUGAACCGCACAUAGCGAAUGAAUUACAUUUGACACUUGUAACUUUUUGUAACAUUUUCACUAUGGAUAUGUUGAUAUCUGUCUUUUUGAUGUGUAAACAUAUCUAACACUACCUAUCACCGAUUCUUUUCUUAUUACCUUUCCUGUUUGCGUUUCCUAAUUAUUGUAUAAAUCUUCACUCAAUUAUGCUUGAGCCAGCUUCGCUGCCAGUGAUGCUCAGAUCACAUCGACAUUCAUCAUUUUAGUAGGUGCUUCUAAAAUCCACUGAUGUUUCCCGAUCUGUUUUAAGUUGCUAAUAUAUCGUUGCCGUGUUCCCAACUAUCUGAACGUUGUCGUUCCGAGCUACUUCAGGAUGAAUAUAUAAAGACAAGGGUCUGAUUGUGAACAAGAUAAGCAUAUCCAGUGUCGGGUGUGCUUGAAUUUGGCAUUCUUCAGUUAACCACAUAGCAGUAGGAUCUUCUUGAGGGUCCGUGAACGGAAACUGAUUUGUUUUGAAGGUUUUACUGACCGGAGAGUAUGGAUACAGCGCAUGGAACGAGUUCUCAAAGGUGAUUACGCAUAGCAUUUUCAGUCUUAUCUUUUAGUGUGGUAUUAAUGCAGUCAAAAUUUUUGCCUAACAGCAUGGAGUGGCAAGUGGAAAAGUAAAUCAGACACCUAACAUUUAGGUACUUGUACUAGAUUUUUAUUCGCUUAUCUUGUUUUGUCCCAAUGUGACUGGUUUUUUCUUUCCCUUUUAGGUUUAUUCAGAUGAUCGUCGCUCUCUGAUACUUCUCGUAUGUUUUAGUUCUUGUACAGACUUCUAAGUUAAAUAAACGUCGAUAUGCUCAG